UGCCACAUGCCACACCCACAGCAAUCUCAUAAACACAAAAUUGUUUUUAUAUACUGGAAAUUAAAAAAGAAAGGGCUUGAGCACAACAAACAAACGCUUUACUCCGUGGUGACGUUUCACUUCAUUCCCCCAUAGCCUGAUCUGUUGACGUUAUCAAAAAGCAGACCUUGUAAACUGGCCAGUUAGUGUAUAUGUUGUAUAAGUCCAAUAAGCUUCUGUUCCUUGCGGCAGUUAACUGCGUCACACUGUGAAGAUUGUGCGUUUUAAUUCGCAAUUCAUAUAAAAACACUGCUCGUUAAUUCUGGGUGAGCCGUUAUUGUGUAUUAUAACGACAGGGACAGGCAAUGCUUGCCCGCAAUCGCAAGCCACUGACCCCUGAAGAAAAACCAAGCUGCGGGAACGCUGACGACACUGCCUGCCAAUCAGAACGCAGGAGCAGGCUGGGCUGGACGACUGGCGCCAAAUUCAAACAAAGAAAAGAGAAGAAAAAUCAUUGUUCGCUAGCAGUAGAGAACACUGUGUGACUGUUUGAGACUAACACGACCCUGUGACUAUGACCUCCUCAGUGUUGCAGAGCAUGGGCGCAGCGGUGGGCUGGCGUUCACACAGUGUCUUGGAGGACGAACCUGACAGCCCGCUCCCCGACCGCUUCCGCAAGCGCCCCUCGUCCAGCUCGCUCAACACCCUGCGCAUGUCCCUGCGCAAGAGGCUGCCGCUGCGCAGCGUGACGCUCAACCUGCAGGAGAACCCCACCUGGGAGGCGCUGGAGAGCCGGCAGAAACCCGGGGCAGCGUGCAGCCUGACCCGGAGCGCUCGCAGCACCCUGGGCAACGUGUCCCAGAGAAUCCAGAAGAGCUGCUUACCCCGGGAAGACUGUUUGAUCCGCACCCCCGGCAAGCCCCCCGCUGGAGAGAAACAGAAGGGCCAGGCCGCCCGCACACCCCAGAAAAACAGCACCCGCCCACCUGCAGCCUCCUCCAAAUACAACCUCAAACACACCCCCAAAUCGGGCUCGAAGAGGCCCCCCCGUGCUGCCAGGACCCCAGAAGCUGGCGGGCCCUUGCGGGCUGGGAAGGGGUGGAGCGGCAGGAGGAAGCUGGUUCGAAUGGCGGCCCUCAGGAGCCCCUUUGCCUCCCCCAGCAGAAGGCAGUUUGACACAGACCUCGAGUCCGUGUCCACCGGGCUGAGCAAGCUGAAGAAGCUCUCCCAGGUCUUCGAUGACGUCAUCGGGAAAGAUGAGCGCGAUCAAGCCGUUGAAAACCACAAGCAGCUUAUGGUAGAGAGCUACGAGUCCUCUCAAAACAAGGGGACGCACAGAGCAUCCAUCCGACGCAACACUGCCAGGAUUCGGGACACUGUCCACAGCUGGAAAGAUGCAGCCUUCUCAAACAUUCUCAAAGGGAACUGAGCCUGACUGCUGCUUCUGUCAUUAUACCUGGUCUUGUCUCUCCUGUUUGCUGACAGAUUUAUAUCUGGAUUGGGUAACACUUUAUCUCCUCAUUACUGUGUAUUUACGUGGUAGUUACUUGGUAAAUGCAUGUGUGCUUGCACAAUUCCGAUGUUAAGCACUGUUAAUAUGCUUUAAUGUGUAAAGCGUUUUGCACAAUAAAUUUAACUACACAGUUGUGAAAUAUUGACACUAAGUGCAUUGUAACUGUGCAUAAUCUUGUAAUUAUGUGCAAGUGCACAUGCAUUUACUAAGUGACUACAAUGUAAAUACACAGUAACUAGAUACUUUUCUCUCUCGUGGUGCACAAAUUUGGAGUGGGGUCAUAAUGAUACCUCAGUUUACCCCUUAAUUUAACAAACGUUGGAUAAAGCACUAAGCCACCACGAUCUCUCUCUCUCUCUCUCUCUCGUUCAUGUUGACAGCCAGCAUUGCCUAUCACUGCACUGAGCUCUGUGUCUGCGUGUGUUUUUAUAUGCGUGUGUAGUUCUGCACUACCUGCGGUGGAGGGCUGUGUUUCACAGGCUCUUUAUAAUCCUACCAGCACUGUUCGCUUCUCUUUAGCCUCUUCUCUUCAAAGCAGCUGGACGUCGUCUUCGGAUCCCAAAAGCAGCUGGCUUUUAAAAAUGUUUGUGUGGUUUUUUUUUUUUUUUUUAAACUGUUUUUCUAUAGCCAUUAGUAAUAAGCAUUAUUACAUGAAUAUUAACUAACAGCUAGCAUGGCUUUAGGCAGCUACAUUUAAUACAAAGGAAAUUAACAGUAUUGUGUUUUAGGGAGCGGAUUGAGGGGUGUUUAAUGUAACCGGCACAAAUUUAAUAAGACACUAAUACAUAUUUUGUUUGUAAUGUUUUAUUGUGAAGGAACUGCUUUUGUAUGAAGGAAUAAGUUACAUUUUCCAGGGGCUGCUGCAGCUGUUGGAAAGUGUGCAGUGUAACAGACUAAUUACACAUAUAAAUUAAUUUUAUACAUACAGUAACAUUAGACAAUGGACAAAUGUGUUUUUGGUAAAACAAAACAAAAAAAAAAAAAACUUGACACUAAAAACAAGAGUAAAAGAAUAAAUGUUUGUAACUUUUUUAAAUGUAAUAAAUAUAUAUAUUCCAGUGCAUUUUGCUUGCUUUGUUGUGCAUUGUAGUUUGUAUAAUUCCGUUGAUUUAAGUGUGUCCUUAAUUGAUUAAUUUGUGAAAACAGGAUUAAAACAUACGAAGAGCCUCUUUUUUUAUUGAAGUGGUGCACAAUUAAAAUCUUCACCAUUUUAUACAAACCGUGUUCCAUCGCUACAAUAUGGAAAUUGCAGCUUUUUUUUUUUUUUUUUU